AAAAUUUAUUAGCCAACAAUUCUCUUUACUUUCAGUUGGAGUUACAUCCUGUGUUUAUUAACAAGAUACUACUUCACUGAUGAUUUCAAAGGUCAAAGUCUGUGGGAUGUUGAAUACAACUCUCUAAUGGUCUUCCAAAAUGCCGCAGUUUUAGAGAUUUUACAUGCAGCUGUUGGUUUAGUGCGUUCGAAUGUCGUGAUCACGACGUUUCAAGUAUUGAGCCGAGUCAUGGUGGUGUGUGGUGUAUUACUUGCUACACCAACGAGUGCCGCUGCUGCUUCCGUUGGAUUGCCAAUUGCACUUUUUGCUUGGUCAGUCACCGAAAUUAUUCGAUACGGAUAUUACUUUGCGAAUCUCAUCGACUUUGUUCCACACUUGCUCGUCUGGCUGAG